AUGAACGUCACGAAGAGCAAUUUCCUGGAAGUGGCGACAGAGAUCGAGCGAUUGCUGCCCGAUGUUGACUUCGUGGCCAUUGAUGAAGAAAUGACAGGGAUUUCAUUGCCUGGCCUGCAGGAGUUUGUGGGGGAUGCACCAAGCACGCGUUACGCCAAAAUGCGGCAAGUUGCGUCCAAAUACAAUGUCAUACAGUUUGGUGUGGCAUUGUUCAGCAAGCAAACCGAUUCCAGCAAAUUCUUGGCACGUGCUUAUAAUUUCUACGUUUUCCCGGACGCAGGCCCAGUCAACAUGGAGGCGAGUUCUGUUCAUUUCAACUCCAAAAACGGUAUGGAUUGGAACGCUUGGAUUCGAGAAGGGAUUCCGUAUCUGACGCGGGAAGCAGAGGCAAAACUCCGCUUGCAACUUUUUCCUGCUGACGCACCUAAUGCGCUUUCGAGGAAAAUUGAAUUGUCCAAUGCGGCCGACAUAGAAACCACCAGCAACGCCGUAGCGUCGCUGAAGGAGUGGCUGGCCGAUGAGACGCGUCGAGAUCAGAAGGAAUUCGAAAUCAUCACUACCAAUGCAUACUUGCGCCGCUUCAUGCAUGAAACUUUGCGAGAAAGCUUCCCUGACUUGAUUGUGGAGUCCCGCCCGACUAAAACCCGGGGGUUGUCAACUAUGGUGGCGCUUCGGCUUGCUGAAGCUGAGAAGGCUGAGCGAGAUUCAAGAAUACGAGCAGAGAAGGAAGCGGAGUUUGGCAUGAAGGUAGGUGUGAGGCGAGUGUUCACCUCACUGGCCAAAUCCAAGAAGCCGAUCAUCGGGCAUGCUUGCUUGUAUGACCUGAUGUUUGCCUAUUCUCAUUUUGAGGGUAGCUUGCCUGAAUCUUUUGCAGAUUUCAAGAAGGUUGUCGGCGAACUCUUCCCUACUGUGUAUGACACACAGCUGCUUGCACGAAGUGACUUCUUCAAGCUCAAACCAAACGCAGGCGGGGAACCGCAACCGCGCUUCAGGAGCUUCGCUUUGGGAGAGGUGUACAAAGUCUUGCAGGCGGAGGCGGAGGCUGUAAGGACGGCUGGGGAGGAAGCCGUGGAGGUUAGCUUGGCCGAAGGGCAUGAAAAGUAUUCGACAGAGACUGCCUACCACGAGGCCGGCUUUGAUGCCUACAUUACUGGAUGUGUCUUUGCGCAGAUGGCCAAGCAUAUUUUGGCAACCCCGAAUGAGAAGACGCUCAGCGGCCGGCUGGUCAUGUUCCGGAAUUUCUUCAAUGUCAACCUCCACGGUGAGGAUGAACUGAUCACUGACGGUGCUUACUUGCACACCAAGGGAUUGACUGGCCGAAAUGCCACAGAGUUUACAGAUGCCCUCAAGAGCAUUCUUAACGGGGUCAAGGAGAAGCGGGCCAGCAAAGAUGUGGAUAUGGUGGGAGAGGAGAAGACCUGUGCUGCAAGCGACCCUUCCUUUCAAAUACGUUGGAUUGAUGAUGACUCUGCGUUUGCAAUUUUUCCACAGCAUUCUGCCGACCUGGUUGCUUCCGUGUGCCAGGAGAUGAAGGCUGUGGGUGGCCCGGUGGAUGGGUUGACCUUCAUGGCAGGCGAGGAGUGGUUUCAUGCAGAGGCUCAGAAGACGGAUUUGGCUGAGCCCUUGCGGAAGAGGGCACGAGGUCUGAAGAUUGUGCGGGCUUGGGAGUCCUACACCAGUGCGCCCUUUGCGAGAUUUUGCGAAGGUAUGCUGCACAUCAAUGAGUGCCGCGGGCAAAUGGCUGCGAAGCCAGAACUCUUUCCAGAGUUAUCGUCGAAGUCUACAGAUGAGGAGGUCGCCAAAGCCCUUUACAUGCGUGGGGCUCCCGGCGUACCUCGGGUAUGUGAGGAUGAUGAGCCGCCGGGACAUUAUGUUGCAUACGAGCAGGCCAUGAAAGAGGAAGCGCAAUCCGAAGAAUCUGGGAUCAAGGAUGCUGUGGAGGAGGACUACAUCCGCUUAGAGGAGGAAGCACGGCGAAAGCGGGAGCAAGAGAAAAAGAAAGCUGAGGAGGAGGCCCGGGAAAGGGAGAAAGCCCGAGAAAGGGAGGCAGAGGAAGCCCGAAAGAAAGCAGAGGAGGCAGCCCGGCACGAGCGGCAAAAAGCUCACAAGAAGGCUCAGGGUAGCCUUCCUCAGCAAAGCCGCGCGGAACAUGCGCCCGAGAAGGAGCCCGCCGGAAAAGCUUCGCACACGAAGACGUCAACAUCCAAGACACCUACCGAGAAUACGGGGUAUGAUGACAACGAUGGCGACUCGUACUCGUCCGACACCUUUGGAGAUGGUGCCGGUGUUGCUGAAGAUGGAGACGAUGGUGACUAUAGUGCAGAUGAUGGUUCGGGCACAGGACCGUGGGACAAUGGCCCAGCUCAGAGUCCUGGAUCAUUCCAGAGCACCAAUCGAGGGAUGCUCGAUGAGGCAAGAGGCUGCUUCAAGCCCGGAAAGAGCUUUUCCGUGCUCGAUUCGGAGAGCCACUGGCCUGUCUCCGCGCGCGACAGCGGCGGAUGCAAGGUUCACUGCGGGAGCAAUGAGGGAGCAGCCUUCUUCGUUUUCCAUGUGAGUUCUGGGCUUUGCCACUGCCCACCAGCCACUGCUCGGGCUGUGCAGGUGGGCAGUGACUUCAUCGGAGGCAAGCUGGACUGUGAAUCCUCCGUGAUGACAAGGGAUGAUAUUUCAGUUCCGCCGCUGGAACGCGGACACCAUGUCUCGGUGGCGUUGGUGGUUUGUGCCACCUUCACCCUGCUGGCGCUGGCGCUGGUGACAUUCGCAAAGCGAGGGUGGGCCACACGAACGCAUCUGACUGAAGAUGUGCUCCUGGGGGAGUAUGGAGGCUGCAAUCGCAGCGACAUCUUUGAGGAAUUCCAUGAGGUAAGGACAGCACCCUUUGCGCAUCACUCUUACUCGUGUGAUGCGCGCACUACAAUGAUGGUAGAAUCUGUGUAA